CUCAUCUGCACCUGUUUACGCACAAUCUUCUGUUCAUGAGCACGAGCUGAAACUCCCAGGGCAGGCCGAGGCUGACGUCACCUGACAAUAGUUCUAAUAACUCAGGAUACCUGCCAGCUAAGAACUCGGGAUGGCCAGUGUGUUUGCAUAUCAGAGUUCGCAGGUGGACUGGUGUGAAGAUAAUUUUCAGUUUUCAGAGAAAGUUGCUGAGUUUUAUAAUACGGUCAGCAAUGUGAGUUUCUUUAUAUCUGCCCCUAUAAUGAUGUACCUAUUACACCCCUAUGCUCAGAAGAGGAACAGAGCUGUGUAUCUCAUCUGGGUCAUGGUGAUGCUCGUUGGUUGCUUCUCUGCAUACUACCACAUGACCCUGAGCUUGUUCGGUCAACUGCUGGAUGAAUUAUCAAUCCUGUGGGUGUUGGCUAUUGCUUACAUGCUGUGGUUUCCUAAGAGACACUUAAAGCUCAUCAAAAGCAGGAAAUCUUUUUCAUUGAUUGUCUUCCUCGUCGCACUGCUGAGCACAGUCCUGUCAUUUUAUAGACCAACAGUGAACGCUUAUGCACUGAACACUGUUGCUUUGCAUGUCAUUUAUGUGAUUACACUUGAACUGAGAAGCUGUACAGACCAAAGAAUAAUUCACCUCGCCUUUGCCACUGUGGCUUGGUGGCUGGUAGCAAUUUCUUGCUGGCUAAGUGAUCGUUUACUCUGUGCUUUCUGGAGACAGAUUCAUUUUUACUACCUCCAUAGCUUCUGGCAUGUGCUGAUUAAUAUGGCAGUUAUCCGUGGAGCAACGCUCUUUGCAUAUUUUGACGCAUUUUAUGAAAUUCCGGAGACCAAACCAGAAGUGAAGUAUUGGCCCAAAAACUGGCGCUUCCUGGGUCUGCCAUAUCUUGCUAUAAAAACCAAGGAUCCUUUCCAAAAAAUCUUUUGAUGGGGUUGUGCAAUGUUAAGUCAUGUUACACAUGUUAUUAUUCAAUGCCUACAUAUACUAGCUAUGAGGUUCUCAUGUGGGAGUGUUAAUCAUGGUCAAAGGAAUGAGUCUAAUGUGAAAUGAUUUAUUUGUCACACUGUUAGUUAUUACUAUUAAGCAGAUAGAAAUGUUGUCAAACUUUCAAGUUUGGAUUUCUGUUUCUGUUUCUGUUUCAAUCAUAUCCAAUUGAUUAUGAUUUUGUGAAUUCUGGCUUCAUAGGUGAAGUCUAGAAGUUAUUAAAAUACCUUCUAACCCAGUGUCAGUAUAAAAGAAGAUGCAGGAAACACUCAGGAAAUCAGGCAACACCUGUGAAAAAAUAAGUAGUUGAUGUUUCAGAUUGGGGACUUUUUCUCAGAAUUGGGAAAAGUUAAGAGUGGUCCCAGGCAGAAAAGCUGAUAAGGGGAGGGAAGAAUUUAAAGGGGACGCCAGUUGAAGUGGCAAAAGGGAUGAUGAUGUGAGGGGACUUUGGAUUGGUUAGGCACCCUCGGUGCUGUAAAUAGAAUACACUGAGACUGACCACAGAAAUGUCCUAACAUUAAUUCUUGUCCUGCAUCACUCUUCUUUUUAAGAAAGUCCUACCUUCCCUCCAUCACUUUUCAGUAACACCCUCCCCUCCCCAUUUCUGUGGACCUUUUUUCAGUUACGGGGUAAGAUCAGUGGCCCAAAAUUUCCCACUUCUGCUUCCCUCUGCAUAAAUAGCAUCUACUGAGUGCUUCCAGC